ACAAGCUGGUUUCCAUAUCCUUCCAGAAUUUUGAGCGUACCAUGCGCGUAAGGCACCGCCCAACUUUGGAGCUCCAGCGGUGCCCUGCUGCGUUCAGCUAUGAUCAUGGGUUUACACUCGGAUCCUGCGAACAUAAAGCAUGUUUCGCCGUACCAGAUGGAGAUGCAAAAGCGGCUAUGGGCGUCUGUUUUGGAAUCGGAAGUACAAACAGCCGUCAUGACGGGUAUACCCUUGGUGAUCCCCGAGCUUGGAUCCUACUGUCCGGUACCGGCAAAUCUGAACGACGAAGAUUUUGACGAGUCUUCGGCGAAGCUUCCUUCUCCCCGUCCCUUGUGCGAUCUGACAGACAGUCUCUAUCAGGUAUCUCUUGCUAUGUCUCUUCCGCAACGGGUCAAGGCUUUCUGGGUUGUACAACGCUCGAUCCCCGAUGUGAACGAAGCGAUUGAAGUAGCGUGUGAAAUCCAAAGAUGCUGGUGCUCCCUACCAUUGACUCUCAGCUUGCAACACAGCCAACCAACAACCAGCGAUCGAGGCGGAUUACUGCAUCGCAUUCUCCUUGACUUCUACGUUCGACAAGUCCUAUUAUAUUUAUACAAACCACUUCUUUUCGGUUUUCAGGAAUACUAGGCAAGAAGUCGCGGAGGCCUAGAUACAAUGUGUCGAUUCAUCUGUGGCCAUUAUCUCCUAUCAAAAGUUCUAUUACCCUCAAGCGCUUACAGAUACGUCACCCCUACAAAAGGACCUUUACUAUUGGUUGUGUAAAAAGGACACUCUGUGGGCUGCUCUCACAGUAUGCCAACGCAUCAGACAUCUUCGCCAGGCUAGCUCGAAUGGUCGGUACCUAGAGCACCAAAUGGUCCGGACA